UCAGCAGUAAAAGAACCCGUGUUGGGCGCCUGGCCGCUCUACCCCGGCCGUACUCUAUCCCUCACCGUUAUAUAGAGACUGUCUGUAUUCGAUUACCCGCGAGGUCUACGCGAGUCAAACCAUUAUGCGGCUCUCUGUGCCUGUGGUUGCCCUUGCCGUCGCUGCCGUCUCACUCGUGAGCGGCGCUUCAGCGUCCAUCGUGCCUUCCCUCGACGCCGAUGCCGGUGUCGACUGGCUCCUCGGCCGGUCAGACAGCCUGUGGAAGCGUCAGAUGGGGCCCAUGCUACCCAACACUGCUCCCGGCCUACUCAGCGCAAGUGGUACCGUUGUGUCGCCUCCAAAGAACGCGACGUUUCGCUUUGAUGGCCACCUCUUCAACUUCACUUACGACGGCGUCGGUGGUCGUGACUACCACACGACGGGCGUCCAGGUACAGAUGACGACGCAGGCCAUGGGCGAGGGCGUGCGUGCAGCGGGUGUGCCAGAAGUCUUCAACGGCUAUGCUCGAACGACACAGGCCACCAUUGCCAACAUCUUUGCCAAUGCAUACCAGGCCAAUACCACGCAGGACGAGAUUGACAACAAGCUGUACAACCGGUACGAAUACACGCUCGAGGCACCAAAGAUCCCUCAGUGGCAGCGCGACCUGCCUGGCUAUCUCGUCAUCAUUGAGUUCUACUCGACACCCAAUGACACGGGGCUCGUGUGGUCAAAUGUCGUCUACCACCCCCUGCAGCUCAUCUCCUCGAAGCCUACUUGAGCGGGAGAAAUCGUUUCAUACUCUUCUGUAGAAGCAAAGAUCACCCGAGAGCGGGCACUCCCUAUGCAGUCCUUAAUAUGAAAUAACCAUUCUUUCAUC